AUGAUAGGAAUUUUUACACGUAAGCAAUAACCGGCUAUCACGUAUUUUAUUAAGUUUAAAUAUUCUCGUUUGUUAAGAAAGCAUGUAGAUUAUUCGACUUUCUAUCGAACCUGCUUCCCGAGAAACAUAGUCAUGACCCCAGCAACGCUCGAGCGCUAAUUUCUAUUAUUAAGGCAUUAAUACACUUUAAUCACUGGUCCCUCCUCUCUAUAUUGUAUCUAUAUCUGACGUGUUCAUCAUAUACAAUAAGAUGUGUAUCAAGUUUCGUUAAGAUACGGCAAAAUGAGUACGCAUUCAAAAUAUAGAUUGUUUAUCUCAUUUAUAAAAUAUACACCGGCGUUUUCUGAAAAUAAUAAUAUAAAUGGAAAUUACGGAGAAAAGCACUAGCAAGUAUACAUUUAAUACUUUUGGGUUCCUAGUAUAUAUUUUGUCACUCUAUGACCAGGGCGGCAUUAAUUUCAGAGAUAACACUCUCUUUGACUUGGUGUUUUAUAAAAUUCUAUAAAUAACUUGGAUUUUCCUUAAAAUAGCCUAUCUGGUAUUUUAUUAUUUACGUAAUAAUUAUAUAAUAUAAUAUAUUUACGUAUCAGCAAAAUUAUUGAUUAUUAUAUGAAAUAUAUUUACCCACCGAGUGAUAUUAAUUCAGUAUUAGCUGAAAAACGGAGAGAAAAGACCAAGUAGAAAAAAAUUAUAUUAAGAAAUUAGAAAUUUAUUAUUUUUAGGACACCAUGUCUCACACUAAAGCGGUUUGUGUGUUUUGUCUUUGUCUUUUUUAUCUUUUGGCUUUUGUUUUUGGACUUCUUGCGCUUUUACUUCCAUACUGGGUAUCUGGCAAGGUGGAAGGAGUGAGGACGGUAACGGUAGUGAAACAAACAGAAAUUGGACUAUUUAAAGAGAAGAGCGAGUACUAUAUAAAAGAGGGCAACAUUACAGAUAAUGGCUUUCCAGAGAUCACUGGAACAUACAUAUAUCCAGAAACAGUUACAAUGGUGAAAGCGCUAAUGAUAGUCGGCCUUUCAUUGUUGUUUAUUCCACUGGUAUACCAGGCAAUAUAUGGAUGUAGAUGCUGUUGUCUUGAAAAUACAGCAAGCGAGAAUACCUGGAUUAAAUUUUAUGUCGCUAUGUCAUCCAUAGCUGUUUUAUCAGGUGGGUUUAUUCUAAGCUGCCCCCUUAUUUACUACGCUCACGUGAAAAGAGGUGUCGAGUCUGAGAUAAUAAGUUUCGGUUUAAGCUGGUACUUGGCUUUUAUAUCAGCUGGAUUCACAUUUAUUGUUGGACUUUGGUCAGUUCUUCAUUCCUGUUGCACAUUAUGCAGAACAAGGUCCCAAGACAAUGAACUAUAAGGCGGAAAAUCGUGCGCAAUAAACAAUCAGUAGUCUAUACCUAAUAAUAUUUAAUGAUGAUUGCU